CUUUUUAUUGUGAUUUCACACAUUCGAGAUGUGCCAAACGGGUUUCAAUUACAAUGUUUUCACCAGGAUCGCUUGUGCGUAUCACGCAGCUUGCAACAAAAGAAAAUGUACGAUUAUAUACUUCAACACGGCAGGCGCUUAAGGUCAACAAAAACACGAAAGUGAUAAUCCAAGGAUUCACGGGAAAGCAGGGAACAUUCCAUGGUAAACAAAUGAUCGAUUAUGGUACAAAAGUUGUUGGUGGUGUCAACGCAAAGAAGGCUGGAGAAAAGCAUCUUGGUUUACCGAUAUUCAGAGACGUGAAAGAGGCUCGAGAAAAGACUGGCGCAGAUGCAUCAGUAAUUUACGUACCAGCACCAUUUGCUGCAAGUGCCAUCGAUGAAGCGAUUGAUGCUGAAAUUCCCCUCGUUGUUUGUAUCACGGAAGGAAUACCACAACAAGAUAUGGUGCGAGUAAAAGAUCGACUAGUCAAGCAGAAUAAGACCCGUCUCGUUGGCCCAAAUUGUCCAGGAAUAAUUACUGCUGAUGAGUGCAAGAUUGGCAUCAUGCCAGGACAAAUUCACAAAAAGGGUAUUAUUGGUGUAGUAUCGAGAUCCGGCACUUUAACGUACGAAGCAGUGUAUCAAACAACUCAAGUGGGUCUGGGACAGACCCUCUGCGUCGGAAUAGGUGGCGACCCAUUUAAUGGAACUGAUUUUGUCGAUUGCUUGAGCAUAUUCUUGGAAGAUCAUCACACAAAAGGGAUCAUUCUUAUUGGCGAGAUUGGAGGAUCUGCAGAAGAAGAAGCGGCAAAAUUUUUGAUGGAAAAUAACAGAGGUGAGCAUGCGAAGCCUGUUGCAUCUUUCAUUGCCGGUUUAACGGCACCUCCGGGAAGAAGAAUGGGACAUGCAGGCGCCAUUAUCAGUCGGGGAAAGGGAACUGCAACUGAUAAAAUCAAUGCUUUGAAAGAGGCUGGCGUACAUGUGACAGACUCACCAUCAAAAUUGGGAAUUACCAUAGCUAAAGCUCUUCUCGAACAAGUCACACACAUUGAUGAGGAUUAGAUUCUGUUAUCAGAUACUUAGCUUCUUAGCAGUCUUGGUAAGGUGUCGCUGCAGUUCGGUUCGUGCCUAGUCUAGGAAAUGAUGUUUUAUAAAGGACAAGACCCGGUAUUUUAUUACCUCUGCC